AUGUGGAAGAGUCCGGAAGGAAUGGCACUAAGGAAGACAGAAACCAGCCAUCACCUCUCCCUAGACAAAGCCAGCAGCCCGCCCGAGAUCUUCCAGAAGUCCUCGCAGUUGGCAGAGCUACCGCAGAAGCCACCACCUGGAGACCUGCCCCCGAAGCCCGCAGAACUGGCUCCCAAACCCCAGAUCGGAGAUUUGCCACCGAAGCCAGGAGAACUGCCCCCCAAGCCCCAGCUGGGCGACCUGCCCCCCAAACCCCAGCUGGCAGACUUACCUCCCAAGCCGCAGAUGAAGGACCUGCCUCCCAAACCACAGCUGGGAGACCUGUUGGCCAAGUCCCAGACCGGAGAGGUCUCCCCCAAGGCCCAGCAGCCCCCCGACGUCACCCAGAAGUCGCACCCAACGGAUCUCUCCCCAAACGUGCAGUCCCGAGACACCAUCCAAAAGCAAGCGUCCGAAGACUCCAAUGACCUCACACCCACCCUGCCAGAGACGCCUGUACCGCUGCCCAGGAAAAUCAAUACGGGGAAAAACAAGGUGAGACGAGUGAAGACCAUCUACGACUGCCAGGCGGACAAUGACGAUGAGCUCACCUUCAUGGAGGGGGAGGUGAUCGUCGUCACAGGGGAAGAGGACCAGGAGUGGUGGAUUGGGCAUAUCGAAGGACAGCCUGAAAGGAAGGGGGUCUUCCCAGUGUCCUUUGUUCACAUCCUGUCUGACUAGCAAAAAGCAGAACCUUCAGAUCGUCCACAUCCUCACGCAGGACUGCUGCCUCCACGUAACCCCGUGCACACGUCUGUAAAUAGCUGCUACAGAACGAGAGAGUCCCUGAAGGGCCACCUCAGGAGGGGAUAAGGUGUGUGUAAAUACCCUGUGGGCUUCUGCCCUCGCCAGUGUUGGGGGGGGCCCUGGGACCCGGCGCGCCUUCCUGGUCUGCCACGGCCGUCCCCGGCAUCUCGCACUUCCGCCUCUGUGCUGUUGUCCCAGCAGACAGACGAAACCAGGAAUCUAGGAACUGCUGGCUUUGCCAGUAAGAGUGGUCUCCAGCAACCGUUGAAAGGCGGAGAAUCCACCCUGUGUCCCUAAUGAAACAGUAUUCUCAAUUGUGUUACUGCAAAUGCAACAUUAGCGAAGAGGGGGUUCUGUUUUCCAGGUGAAACUUAGCUCCACGGCAGACCAGCCUGUAGUUUAUCUGUGUACACAGUUUACAGCUACAAAAACCGACUUGGGUAUUUAUUACAGAGAAGUGCUUGAUUCAAUGUAAGUGUUACUCCUUCAGCAAAAUAGUCACCCACCCAGCACCUUUGUGGCAUCUUCUGGUCCCUGCAGCCUCAUGCAGGUUAGGCCAGGUGGGUGUAUACUGUCUUCUGGUGAGGAGUGCCCGCCCCUGAGAUAUUACCUCAUUAUGCAAAACUAACAUAUCCUUCACGACUAUUUUGACAAAAGCUUAAGACACACCUGAUGAAGCUCAACUUCCAGGAACCGAGGACCGCCAGGAAACAUUAGCCUCUACAUUAUGCAUGCAUUUAGAAGCUUACCCGAAAUCUGCCUUUUAUAAAGGAAUAGUAUGGACAAGUGGAACUGUACAUUUUUUAACUUGAUCGCCAUUAAAGCAGAAAUUAUAAGGUUGCAACAAUAUCUGUUUCUAGUCAGUCAUUCAGCUUUCUCAGAGUGUGAAGUUCCGUCUCCUCUUCUGAAUUAGCGUCCUUCACGUGUGUUAAAGCCCCGAACACAUCAAUUUUAAUUAUUUUCUUAGUUUGGCCCUUGAUCAGUUCAAACGGGUGAAAAGAUGAUUCACGAAGAUGAAAAAAUUUAGAAGUCGGCCCUUCACCCCGUUUCCCCACCACAGCAUCCAGGUGCUGAAGGCAGUCUCUCCUUCAUCCAUGCUCUCGAUUCUGCCCCCGUCAUAGGCAAGCUUGCUGGUCUGAAGCUCUGUUCGUAGACACGGUACCGGCAGGCCAGGUCACAGCCAGGCGCUCGGCCUCCACCGCGCGUGGCGCUCUGAGCCUCCCUCCGUGUCCGCCUGUCUGGGCCCUGUCCGUCCGUCCGACCGCUAGGACGCCAGCCCCAUCGGUCCGGGUAGCUGCCCUGCCCGAUCAGCGGGGCUGCUCUCUGGAUUCCGAGGCCCCCGGGUCCUGCUCAAACGGCUCUGUGGGCAACCACACAGAAAGCUGCUAUCGCCAAGCGCAUAACCUGGGCGAUAAGAGAGGAAGGUUCAUUUCGCAGAAGUACAGCUCCCCACCGAACCCCUAGGAAAAACCCUCUUUCGUAGAGUCUCCGUGCUCAGUGAAUAUUCAUCUAGUUCUGCUUAAGCGAGUACUACGGAAACUUUGAAUAACCACCUAGUAAGUAAACCUUGCAUGACAGACCUGCAACACAACUUCUCAGCUGUUCCUGGAAAGUGAGUUUAAGCAGUUGCUGCCCGGGGCCGGGGGUGCGGGGGGCAGGGGGGUGCCCUGCGAGCCCCGCACAGAGGCGAGUGUCUAGAGCCCCUGCUCACUGGCCACACUUGUGUCAGGACAGGAAGUCGCCGUCCGAAGUGCCCUGGAGUCCUGGUUCAUUCAAGUACACAUUUUUAGUUGCGUUAAAGAACUGUUCGUUUCUGUGGCCUACAGUAUUUUCAGCUGAUCUCAAAAUAAACUGGUUUUCUAAAAAACUCAAAACCUAGAUGUCUAAAAUUA